AUGGCCCCAGCCCAGCUCGUCCACGUCGCCUUCAUGGACGACGCCUCCCACUUCGUGGCGUCCACGGCCGCCGGGUCCCACGUCUUCUCCUGCAACUCGCUGAAGCGCAUGCUCCACAAGCCCGAGUUCACGGGCGCCGAGGUGGCCUCCGCCGGGCUGCUCGGGCCGUCGAUGCCGAAUUCCCUGGCCGUCGUGACGCGCCGGCGGCCCAGCAACAAGAGCGGCGGCGUCGAAGAAGAAGGCCGGCCCGUCGUCCACGACUACGCGAUCCACCACUGGGUCUGGGGGCAGACGAACGGCGGGAAGCCCCUGGUGCUGAACCCCUCGGGCGCCGUGCGCGGGGUCCGCCUGCUCGGGGACCACAUGCUCGUGGCCGGCGAGGAGAAGGCGGCGCUGUACGACGUCCACGGGCACCGGGAGAAGGAGGUCUGCCGCCGCGGCAGGCCCGGCAGCGUCGUCGAGGUGCGCGCCCACGGCGCGGCCGUGUCGUGCCUCGCGCUCUCCCCCGACGCGCGGCUGCUCGCCACCGCCAGCUCCAGGGGCACCCUCGUGCGCAUCUUCAGCACCGCCGACCGCGCCAAGCUCCAAGAGCUGAGGAGAGGCAGUGACAGAGCCGACAUCCACUGCAUAGCCUUCUCCUCGGACUCCAAAUGUCUGGCCGUGUCCAGCGACAAGGCCACGGUGCACGUCUUCCCCGUCACCGUCAACGGCAUCGCAAGCUCGAUGCCGGAGGACGAUGGUGUACUCCUCCCGCCGGUGCCGUCAGUGCCUUCCCCUGCCCCGGCAAAAGCCAACGAGGGCUCGUCACGCCUGUCAUUCUUGAAAGGCUACUUGCCGAGCUACUUCGGUCCCAAGCGCUCGCUGGCUCAGUUCCGGCUCCCCGAAGGCACCAAGUACUUGGUGGCGUUCCCGCCGCAACACCAGCAUCCGUGCAACGUUCUUAUCGUCGGCAUGGAUGGAAGCUUUUCCCGAUGCGUUUUCGACCCUGUGGAAGGUGGCGCCACGCAGCAGGGGUAGUACAAGAGAUUUAUGAAAAACUUGGAAUGAGAUCGAAGUGUUUGGUCGCCGAGUAAAAUGAAAUGGUUCUAUUCUUACAAGGACGGAAUAGAGUGGAAUGGUUUUAUUUUUGCAUACCUUAAGAACAAAACAUCGA